AUGAACUAAUCGCAUGAUUUUAUAGCAUGGGAGGGAUGCACUCGAUAUCUUUUUUGAUAAAAAUAUAUUUUCGCUCGAAUCUAUCGCGAAAUGCUUCAUUUUCGAAUAAAGAAUGUUGUUUUACUGUUUCUUCACACUCAAAUAAUACUAACAAUAAUAAUUAGUCAUUUUUCACGGUCAUUCUCUGAAGCGAAGUGCAAAUCAGCUUUAAACUUGGGUGCGAAAAAUUAUUCAAACCAAAAUAUAUCGAAUGGAUGGAGAAUACUAGAUUCCAAAAAUUGUCCAAUAGGGCCUGUGCAUGACGACAGAUGGCAAGACUUUGUUACAACAGACAAUAGCCGCUAUCAACGUUUUGAGGGUGUAAGUUCGGUGUCAUUUUCAAUAAACUGUAAAAUUCCUCUUGUGUUAGAAUAUUUUGCGGACGAUGGAGAUAGACUGGAUUUUCUGUCACUGAAUUGUUCGAAUACUAAAGAAACAUGGGAAAAUUUUUCCUUAAUAGUGCAGGAUCACACAUACUUUUUUCAAAAUGACCAUCUAGUCAAAACCACUAGUAAUUUAAUUCCUGAGCAAGUGGUCUUCAAGACUUCUAAGGAUACAGAAUGGAAGAUACAGAAUUAUACAUUAGGCUGGAGUAGAUCCGCUACAGAACAAUUUUAUAUUUCAAUUCCAGUAGAAAUUCCAACGUUGACAGUAUUCACCCUUCUGUGUGGAACAUGUGGUUUAACUAUAGCAUCCGGCAGUGCAGAUGAAGUGAAUGUCACAUCAUCUAAAAAUGAAACUUAUUUAUGGGAGCAGUCUUGGCAACGUACUGACAUAAAACUGAGUAAAUCUGUUUAUCUUAAUUUCACACCAUACCUGCAAAACCCUCACGUUACGGAUCAAUAUUGGGCUAUUGAUGUAAGAACGUGUUCAGGUGAUGAAAAAAAAACGAACUGGCCAAAGCAUACUGCAACGUUUAGAAGGCGGAACAUCAUCGUCACAACACAGUUGCAAUUUGGAAAAAAUUGCAUUUGUAUUGGUACUUAUAAUCACCAAAGCUUAGUUUCGUUCAGGAGAACUGAAUUAGCGAAGCCGCGGGCGAAAAGCGGGCCGAUGGGAAAAUGAUGGCUGUGGAGGGAGAGGUUUGUGUGUGACACAUGGCAGGUUAAGAAAAACUUUUUAGAUGACCUAAUCAAUUUUUUGGGAUCGAAAAACGGACAAAAUCUUAUAUCCAUGUAAUAUUUAAAGAGUUUGAACUAUUAAGAUGAAGAAAUUAUUAGAUAACUAUACUUUCAAUGACCCUUUCGAUUUACUAUUAAAUUACUUUAAAUCAAUGGAAGUUAACCGUAGUGGGCCACUUCACAUCCGCGAAAAAGUCUAAAUAGGGGCUUAUAAUAAUGACUUAGCUGCUACGCAAGCUGGGACUUCAAGCUGGAUUUGCCUCAAGGUCUUGAGGCAAAUCCAGGUAGAACACAUCAGGUCUGAGGGACCUUCUAGUCGUUGUGGUGGGACCGACGAGUAGAUGGAGAAGUUUAUAUCAAUCCAGCCAAUUUCCUUCCAACACGAGUUCCAAGAAAAAUCCACGAGAUGUAGGGAAAAAGAGAUGUAUCCCAGUGGGGGAAUAAAAAAAAGAGCCUGUAAUUGUAAAUACUGCUAGUAUGGAGGCCAUUGGAGACAAGAAGGGACGCCACGAACAGGGAAGACAUCUCGACCACAUGGGGGAGCCCAACACCUUUUGAUAAGAGGAAUUUCACGGAAAUACAUACACCAUUUACUCCACCACAUGAAGAGACUCAUUGACAACAGAUAACUACCUUUGGAUGAUCCAAGGCUCUUUUAAUAAUUACGAAUUUCCAAUUUUCAAUAGCCGACCAAGGUCGAGUUGCUCCCAGCGUUAUAAUCCGAUAGUAUCGAAGGGGAGGGCAUCAAACGUUACUUGAAUGUACAGGACAUCCAAUAAUAUAUCUAAAUUCGGCUUUUCAGGUUCUUUGACUUAGUGGUAUUUUUGGCUGUUACAGCUACAUAGAAUAUUCUUUGCAAAAUCAACUCAAAGUAGCUAAUCAAUUACUUUCUUCAAUUACUGGGUCUAAUUCGUCAGUAGAUUUCUCUCAACUUCCAGUUCUUCCUGCUUCACUACUGUUGAGUCUGUUAAAUCUACGAACCAGUCUGUUUUGAAAAAUAUUACUGACAAUAUUUCCAAUGCACCAAUUUUUAAUUUUACUAAUUGCGUAAACACUAUAAAUAUUAAUAUUAAUUCAGUGUAAUAUAAUUGUUUAAAUAAAUAACUUGUUUUGUUCAGAUUUAAUUGUUUUUUAUUCAUACUUUCUGGUCGUGGAGAAAAUACAGUCUGUUACCCGGUUAGAAUGAAAAUUCGCUAACGCUCGCUAUACUAUUUUGAUGUCAUGCUACUCUUCUUUAUCUCUUUGUUAAUAUUUGUUACGUAAUUAUCUGUAUACAUCACUAUUCAGGUAAACUACUUAGAUGUUAAGAAAUUUACGUAUUCAUCAUAAUGUGGACAUCAGUAAAUUUUCAAACUCGAUAAGUUUUCUGAAAAAAAAUCAAAAAUUGAUUUCCAACGUUUACUCGACCGGAGUCAAUAUAUGGUGCUGUGGACAGGACUUGAGAAUCUUCAGACAGAAUGGUGUGACCGGUUUCAUGCUGAUGUUCAGCUUUGGCAGAGUGGGAUGGAAGACCUGUUUUGAAACAAGCACUUUUCUAUGACUGGAAAAUCCGUGAAGUUAUUGAAAUCCAGAAAUGUCCUCAUAAUCUCAACCGAGGCAAUGGUUAUUAUUUGUCAAAUAUUUGGAAGCCCACAUUAGGGUAAAUGUGGGAUAUGUGCCCCUAGAGAAUAAACGCCCCAAUGCUAUAUUUAAGAAACUAUAUGCCAGAGGUCGUUGCUUUCUUCUCUAAUGAAGCGUUUUGUAUCACAGUAGCCUCAGACGAAGUGUGGAGUGCGUAACUCUCAAUGUUUUAAUAAUAUUAAAAGAAUUAAAAAUUCAGGUAAGUCGUUGUUAAUAUCACCAAUUUUCGACCUUUUAGUAGACAGAGUUAAUUGCACAAAUUUAGUGUAAACAAUUCGAUUUUUGACUUUAUAACCUCUUAGAUGAUUUCUCUAAUACCAAACGUUGGAUUUAUACCAGAAAUAGUGCGGGAAAUUUAAAUAUUACGUGGGGCAUAUAUCCUAAAUAAAAUUUAGCAGUAGGGAUAUAUGCCCUAGUACAGUUAAGGAUAUUUGCCCCACAUUUUAUAAGGUAUGUAAGGUUCAGUAACUUUUUGAUAAUUACAGAAAUGCCACGAAAAUACCAAAGGAAACAAAAUGUUACGCCUCGGGUAUCCUGGACUGAAGAAAACUUGCACCUGGCGAUAGACAAAGUAAAGUCUAAACAACUUGGUGUAAAUGAAGCUAGCAGAGAAUAUAGUCUUCCUUCUAGAACACUUCGAAGGCGAAUUCAGGCAAAUAAUUCAUCAAAAUUAGUUUUGGGAAAGCCACCGGCUCUAGGAAAAAACAAUGAAGAUCGAUUAGUAAUACACAUCCAAAAACUCCAAACUAUGGGAUUUGCCCCAUCAGAAAAAACUGGUCGUACGAUUGCUUAUAAUUUUGCAAAAAAACUAAAUUUGGAACACAAAUUUUGUGUACAAGGAAAUAGUACAAAUAUGGCUGGUACACACUGGUUUUAUUCAUUUAUGGAUAGGAACCGUGAACUCUCUUUAAGAAAAAGCGAAGGUCUGUCACUUGCGAGGGCAAAA